AUGCCGACCCAAGUCGAUUUCUCCAAAGAAUUGAGGCCUUUGAUAUCCAAAUAUCGCGAUUUCCCGGAGAAGGGCCGAGUGUACUACGACAUAAGCCCUAUUUUGAAAAGUCCCGAUAUUUUCCGGGCGAUGCUUGAACGGUUCAGGGACCACUUGGAGGAGACUUUCACGUUGGAGCAGAUUGAUUUUGUGGCAAGUGUCGAGGCCAGCGGGUUUCUGUUCGGCCCGACUCUCGCGACCUUCAUCGGAGUUGGAUUCAUUCCAAUCAGGAAGGUUGGGAUGCUUCCCGGCAUCUGUGCACAUGGGUCGACGCUGGACGCUUACGGGCAGGCGAUCCAGGAGUUCGAGAUACAGUCGGAGGCGAUACCGAGGGGGUCGAACGUCGUGAUAGUGGACAAUAUUCUGCUGAGCGGGAACGUGAGUCUGAUGGCGAAGCAGCUGGUCACCUCUGUUGGAGGGAACGUUGUAGAGUACGACUACAUCAUGGAGCAAAGGAGCAAUCACGGCAGACGGAAUCUGAACAUACCCGUGUUUUCGUUGCUGGAUAUCGAUUGA